AGAAACCAAAACCUCACUGCUCUCCGAGCCCUUCACGACAUCCUGCUAUUGCCCUGUGGCUUCCGUUUUUUGUUUCCUUUUCACGAAAAUGGACUCACAAGACAGGUCCGGCUGUCGACAGGACGAAUUUUGUAAAGCAGGUACAGAGUACAUAUGGAAGAGUGAGGGAAAGGCAUCAGAGAACGGCAGGAAGCUGAAGUCUACCGAUCACAGAAGUUGCUUCAUCAGAAGGGGAGUUUUUGCGCUGGGCCUCACACUGUGAAUUUCCCACCAUCAUCAUGACAGGUCUCUUGAGUUUGUUCCUCAUUGCUGAGCUUCUUACUACAGGUACUUCCUUGGAAUGUGAAACAUGUUUUGCCACCAAUAGGAGUUGUGAGGGCUUGAUGGAGACAUGUGAAGAUAACCAAGAUACCUGUGCCAUCAGUUUGACUGAAACUGCAAAAGGCGGAAAAACUGAGCCGACUGUAGCAAAAGGCUGUUAUUCCUCUAACAUGUGUGAAGCUGGUCUGAUUUCUGUGACUUUUGGUAAAGGAGAGUUCAUCAGGCAAAGUGUCAUCUGUUGCCAGAGGGAUAACUGCACGUCAGCCUCCCCUCGAUUGCCCCUGUUGAACACCACAGCCAAUGGAAAGCGAUGCCCAUCCUGCUAUUCCAGAUCAAAAGCCUGCCCUAGGAAAAUGGUCAAUUGCACUGGAGCGGAGAACUACUGCAUGGAUGUGAUAGGGCAUAGAUAUUCUGAAAAGGCUAUCUCCCUGAAGGGCUGCACUACAGAGACCAUGUGUAUUGGAUUACAAGCUGGCAAAUGGGACGUCCCUGAUAUUGGUACUGAUGUCAUGAAAAUUGACUGUAGACUGGCCAGCCAGGCCCCUCCUCCACUAUCGGAAUCCCUCCUACUGGUGCUCUCUGGGAUGCUGCUCAUGAAGGUCCUCUGAUAAUGCACCUCCUGCAGUGACUUUGGCACUGAGAAGUGUUUCCUUCUCCUUUCUAGCCGGAAGAUGCAGUCCUCCAAAGGGCCCGGUCAAAGUAAGAGAAACGGAAGGAGAUGUCUUGGACUGAGCCAGAUCACUGAGCCAUCUAGGUUCAGUCCUGCCUUUCCUGACUGGCAUGAGGAAUCCAGGGCUCCAGGCUGGAGUGUGAGUUUUUCUUCCCAGCCACAACUGGAGAUGUUAGAAAUUGAACUUUUAGGGAUGAACAGAUUGUAUAAAAUCCAUUCCAUCUA